AUGGCACCAUCGCUUGGGGCUGGUCCCUGGAGGAACAAUCAGAACGUGGACCUGGUGAUACGGACAGCCAGGUCGAUUUCCGAGAUCGCUAGACUCCUGAGACCCCUACAGACAAACAUUGACCUGAUGCACUUUUACGGCAACUUAAAUGUUCAUUGCGUCCUAGUCAAGGAUCAGAUGAAGCGCCUUAAGUUUAUAUUAAGUCCUGCGAACGAUCUUGUGGCCCAGGCUCUGAACCUUUUUGAAUCUCUCGUCUCCACCCAAGGGGUCCCGCAAGAUUCAGCGCUCAUGCUCAACUACAGUAAACAGCGUGCACUGAAUCAGCGCUGGGAUGUCCUGCGAAACCAAGAAAAUGACGCCAAGGUUCGGUUUAUUGAUCAAUGUUUCAAUGUGGUGAAGUCUCCUGGGCUCCGCCCGGGCCAGGCCCUCGAUGAAUCGUUCCGUGCAUGGGAAGACCACGUCUUCGCAGCGUACCCCGAAGACCGUUCACAGUGGUUGAUCGAAGAUUUGCCACCAAAAAAGGUCCGCGAUGAGCCGCCGUACGUUGUAUGGAGUACAGCAAAUUCUUUGUACACAGCCCUCACCAAAUCAGCUAAUUGUGGAUGCCAUCAGAAGCAUGAGCUUGGUGCGACGCUCUGUCUUGGGACCUAUCGCAAUCCCGAGUCUGAAAACAGCAGUGAUUUCGACAUGUGUUUCUCACGUGAAGGAAAUUGGCAGGAAGCUCGUGUGUAUACCACUCGAGAGAGCGUGGUCCGAUUCUCUCUGAACGAUAAACCGCCACCGCCGCAGAAGCAGCUACUGGACUACAAGCCUCUGCUCGUCAAGAAGGAACUAUGCGAACACAUCAAGGGCAAAAGUUUGACGUCACGCCGACUAGAGCUUCGGUUUGAGGACGAUUGUCUCUUCAAGCUGCUAUCCGCCAAGGGCAAGCUGUGGACCAAUAGCGCGGAACCUACUGUGUCGCUCCAGCAAUUCAUUGACGACAGAUUCACAUCACAGCCGACGAGGACGAGAGUAAUUCUAGCAGUGCUUCUGAGCUAUGCGGUCCUGCACCUGCAUGGUACUCCCUGGCUUCAACCCACAUGGAACUCGUCACAUAUCUUGUUCUUCCGUACCCGGACCAGCAUUCCCUUACGGCCUUACAUUCGAACGCAGCUGGGAACCGAAGGGAUAGAUCCCGAUUGGAGUCACCCGAAGAAUCAGAAAGAUGGUGAUAACCUAACGCAACACCCUGACCCAUCAAAUGAGGUCUCUCCGGAUGACUCCGAUCCUGACAACCUUGACUAUGGUGACCUAGAUCCGGACGAUAUCGAACAUCCAUUUCCUGCCCUUGUCACUCUCGCCAUCAUAUUGAUGGAGAUAUACACGAAAACUCCAUUUGGAGAAUUGGCGAAAAACUGUGACAUGCCGCUGCCAGAACUCCCUGAUAGUCGCACCAGGCUUUCGGACGUGGUGACUGUGUUCACGGAAUCAAAGAUCGAAAAUAUUGCCGAGAAUUCGAAGUUUUGCAAUGCAAUAGAAAAAUGCCUCCAGCCGAGGGUGUGGCGAGACGAGUGUGGUGAGCCCAUGGAUGACCAGACGCUGAGAACCGCAAUAUACCGAGAGGUUGUCACGCCACUAGAGGAUGAACUAUGCGACGCUUUCAAAACCAUCACCAUUGAGGAGCUUGAUCAGAUGGCUAAGGAGGUGGACAUUGGUAAUUGGGGCCAGCCCAUACAGAGCCGGAUUGCUGAGGAGAUGCCUCCAAAGACCGCAAGCCCCGCGAUCGACGAAGUGUGGCCUCAGCGACAAGGUCAUUUGAUAGGAUCUGAAGUAAGAUUUCAUGAUGCUCCAUUUGCUGCCUGGAAUCAUCGAUCCCAAGAAUACCUUCCGCCCUUCUUUGAUCUGAAACAGAAUCCCGCUCAGGAAUCCGAAUAUGAUUCUGCCAGAUUUUAUGACGAUGAAAGGCCUUCAGAAGCCCACUCCCGUGCAGAGCUCCUGGACUACCUGACUUGGAAAGCCAAAUAUAAAAAAGUCUACGAGAAAUACAUAGAGAGGUCCCCUCAAUCUGUGGUGAGGGUUGCGAUUCUAGACUCUGGCGUCGAUGAUGGACAUGACCUUCUCAAAACAGGCCAAAUCAAAGACAAGUACAACUGGACAACAGCUGCCAAAAACAAAAAAGUCGCCCAUGAUCGCGAUGGACAUGGCACUUUCGUAGCCAGUUUGCUGAUCGACUAUGCCCCUGAUGCCGAAUUAUACAUAGCCAAAAUAGCCGAGAAAGAGCUGUCUUCCCCUCGAAUCAUUGCAAAGGCGAUCGAAAUGGCCGUAAACGAUUGGAAGGUCGACAUCAUAUCCAUGUCUUUUGGGUACCCCACGAACCAGAUUGACGGUUAUGAAGAACUCAAAAAGGCUCUCGAAGACGCACACUGCAAACAUGUCUUGAUGUUUGCAGCAGCCUCCAAUAGCGGUGCAAAUUUAGGCCGUGCGUAUCCUGCUCGUGAACCACAGGUCAUCUGCGUUCACUCGACAGACUCGCACGGCAAUCGGUCCAAAUUCAGCCCCACAGCGCACAAGUAUAACACCAACUUUGCAACCAUAGGAGAAGCAGUAGAAUCAGCAUGGCCAGUCAAUCUCUGCGAUCGAUUGGCCAACCCGCAAUUUCUCCAGCUCAAGUCAGGUACAUCCUAUGCAACGCCCAUUGUAUCCGGCAUUGCAGCAUUCCUGCUGCAGUAUGCACGGUUUCACCUGGCGGAUAUGGCCGAUGUGCUGAAACGCAAGGACAAGAUGGAGGAAGUGCUUCUAGAAAUUACUAAGAAGACUCCGACGACCAUGGCCCGUGACGAUUAUCAUUACAUUUCCUUGAGCCUGUACUCAGACAACCUCUUUGCAAAGGGCAAGCGUUUCAUUGAUGCGACAUUGACUGAAAUUCUAAAACGAUGA